UUUCAAUAGCAGCGUAGCAGUUUGUAGAACGAUUUAAGAUCUAGAUCUAGCUGUAAAAUUUACUGCAGUUAUCUUUGAAAUGCCUACACGAAUUCAGGUCAAGGUUGUUACUAAACAGAUAAAAUAUUUGGAAGAAAAGAUACAAGUUCUGGAACCCACCAUUGAACUUAUGAAAAAUGUUGUUACAAAAAGUAAGGCGUGGCUAGAAGAAAAAACUGACCAAUCAUCUGUCAGCUACAUCGAGCUAUCACAAGAACUGGACACAGCAGCCACGGCCUUGUUGGAUGUGACGUCACAUAUUUCUGACGAGGACAACAAGGACGUCAACAAACCAACGCCAUCUUUACCACCGAAUAACACACAGACAACAGCAACAUUUCUGACAGUAGAAUCAACAAGACAACUCAAGACACAAGACAAACAUACAGCGGUUGAAGAACAUCCUGACCUCGAGCGUAGACUCGCCUAUAUUGAAACAACACUAUCUUCACUACAAGACACACAACACAAGUCUACAGAUGACAUAUCAGAAAUAAAACAAUGGAGAGACAACUUUGUAACAGAACAGAGUGACAUGGGGGUAAACAUUGAACAACUGACUAAAAAACAAAAGCAGAAUUUUAAAAGCCUCAGAAAACAAAUGAGUGAACAAGAUAACAAAAUAAAGGAGCUGAACAAAGAAAUUGAAAGUUUAAAGAAAAAGAAUCCAAGUCAAACCAAACACUAGAGAGAAUGUCUCUAGAUAUAAAAGAAUAUAAAAACAAUGUACACAAAAUAAAUAAAGAUAUGCAAGAUUACACAGACAAAAUAGAUAGUAUAACACAAGAAAUUAAAAGACAUUCGGAUUUGAUGGCUGCCCUACAAGAGGAGUGUGAUAAAAUCUUGUGUAAUACAUCAACUCAAUUAGAAAAGCUCCUACAAAAAAGAUUGAUGCCCAUUGACAAACUGAUUCAAAUCUUUAACAAGAACUUGGAAACUAGGGAAGAAAGAAUAACGAAGCUUGAAACUAUUGAAGAUACUAUUGCACUGUUGAACAAAGAUUUCAAUCUAUUAGAUUGUUCAACAGUUGAGCUAAUUGCUCCUUCAUAGGAAUCGAUACGGCCAUCUGUAUGAAAAUAUAAACUGAUUUAUU